AUGUCAAAUCUAAUUAAAUUCAAUCAAUCGUUAAACCACCCGCUGGCUAUUGAAUACUUUAAGUUGCACCCUAAACGACAGAAAAUAUUCUUUGGCCCUUAUUUGCUAUUAAAUACCCUAGGCGAGGGUGAAUUCGGUAAAGUUAAACUUGGUAUACACUCUGAAUUCGGCGAACAAGUAGCCGUUAAACUCAUCAGAAGAAACUCCGUCUCAGACAAAUCAAGAUUAUCAAAAGUUGAACGUGAAAUUAUCGUUUUAAGAUCAGUAAAUCAUCCACAUAUCGUCGGUUUAUACGAUGUUAUUGAAACUGAAAAGUAUAUCGGUAUUGUCUUAGAGUACGCCCCAGGUGGUGAACUAUUCGAUUUCAUCCUACGUCACAAAUAUCUUAAAGAACGUGAUGCUUGCCGUUUAUUCGCUCAAUUAAUUUCAGGCGUUUCUUAUUUACAUAGUAAAAAAGUUAUCCAUAGGGAUCUCAAAUUAGAAAACCUCUUACUUGAUAGAGGUCGUAACAUCAUUAUCACAGAUUUCGGUUUCGCUAAUCGUUUUGAACACAGGUUAGACGAUCUAAUGGCCACUUCCUGUGGUUCACCUUGUUACGCCGCUCCUGAAUUAGUCAUCUCUGAUGGUUUAUACGUUGGUAGCGCUGUAGAUAUUUGGAGUUGCGGUGUCAUCUUAUACGCAAUGUUAGCAGGUUAUUUACCUUUUGAUGAUGACCCUCAAAACCCUGAAGGUGAUAAUAUCAAUUUACUUUACAAGUAUAUCGUCUCAACUCCUCUCACUUUCCCUGAUUUUGUUUCU